AUGACAAACAAUACGAUCGCCAAUUAUUUCUCCAGAGAACUGGAGAAUCAAACGAGGCCUGUGUCUUCACCCAGUGAAGCGGAAAAACUGUUAUUGGGGUGUGCUUACCAGGAGUUUUUGAAAAGAAUACUAAAUGAGGCGAAGGUAUACGCCGAGCGGGAUGGAUCUAAUCAGAUAUUGCCCUCUCACUUGGAAAGUGCCCAUAAAGCUAUCAUGCAGAGAAUUUAA